GGCGCUCUCUGCGCAUGCGCGGUGCGCCCCGCCGCGCCCAUCAUGGCGGCGCGGCAGUGACGGGCCGGGCGCGGUGGCACCGAGCGGCGGAGCGGCUCCGGCGCGAUGAUCCCGAGCGAGGAGGUGUCGGCCCGCAGGAGGGAGAUCGAGGGCAAGCUCAAGCAGGAAGAAGAAACUCUGUCCUUUAUCAAAGAGAGCCUCGAGAAAAGUGACCAGCUCACCAAGAACAUGGUUUCGAUCCUGUCCUCCUUUGAGAGCCGUUUGAUGAAGCUGGAGAACUCCAUCAUCCCUGUCCAUAAACAGACAGAGAACCUGCARCGCCUGCAGGAGAAUGUGGAGAARACCCUGUCCUGCUURGAUCAUGUCAUCAGUUAYUACCAUGUGGCCAAGGACACAGAGAAGAUCAUAAAGGAAGGCCCCACUGGGAGGUUGGAGGAAUACUUGAACUGCAUGGACAAAAUCCAGAAGGCAGUGGAGUACUUCCAGGACAACAAUCCGGACAGCCCGGAGCUGAACCGUGUGAAAUCCCUCUUUGAACGGGGSAAGGAAUCCCUGGAGUCAGAAUUCCGCAGCUUGAUGACRCGACACACCAAACCAGUGCCACCCAUCCUCAUCCUGGACCUGAUCAGUGGGGAUGAGGAGAUGGAGACACAGGAGGAGAUGUCCCUGGAGCACCUCCCAGAGAGUGUCCUGCACGACAUCAUCCGCAUCUCGGGCUGGCUGGUGGAGAACGGCAGGAAUCAGGAUUUUAUGACUGUUUACUUCCAAAUCCGCUCUGUGCAGCUGGACCGCUCCAUCAAGGGGCUGAAGGACCAUUUCCGUAAGAACAGCUCUUCCUCUGGGGUGCCAUAUUCCCCUGCCAUUCAGAACAAAAGGAAGGACACCCCCACCAAAAAGCCAAUCAAGAGACCAGUCCUCAUCCCAGGCACGAUCCGUAAGGCUCAGAACCUUCUGAAACAGUACUCUCAGCAUGGUCUAGAUGGGAAAAAGGGGGCCUCUAACCUCAUUCCUAUGGAAGGUCAUGAGCAUGACUUGCGUGUUAAGCACCUUUCCGAUGCCCUGAGCGACAAGCACGGGCCGGCUGCGGGGAGGGAYGACGUCUUCGACAUCGAGAUCGACGCCUACAUCCACUGCGUCAGUGCCUUUGUCAAACUGGCCCAGAGCGAGUACCAGCUCCUGACAGAAAUUGUCCCAGAGCACCACCAGAAGAAGACCUUUGAUUCUCUCAUCCAGGAGUCAUUGGAUAACUUGAUCAUGGAGGGUGAUAACAUUGUCUCAGCUGCCCGGAAAGCCAUCAUCCGACACGACUAUUCAGCUGUGCUCACAAUCUUCCCCAUCCUGAAGCAUCUCAAGCAGAUGAAGCCAGAAUUUGACCAGGUCUUGCAGGGAACUGCAGCAGGCACUAAGAACAAACUGCCAGGGCUGAUCACUUCCAUGGAGACCACUGGUGCAAAGGCACUGGAAGAGUUUGCYGACAAUAUUAAGAAUGAUCCAGAUAAGGAAUAUAACAUGCCAAAAGAUGGGACAGUUCAUGAACUCACCAGCAAUGCCAUCCUUUUCCUMCAGCAAUUACUGGAUUUCCAGGAGACAGCAGGUGCCAUGCUGGCAUCUCAAGUUCUUGGGGACACAUACAAUAUUCCUUUAGAUCCCAGAGAGACCAGCUCCUCAGCCAGUAGCUACAGCUCAGAGUUCAGCAGGCGGCUGCUGAGCACCUACAUCUGCAAAGUACUGGGCAACUUACAGCUUAACCUUCUUAGCAAAUCCAAGGUUUAUGAAGACCCAGCUUUGAGUGCCAUUUUUCUGCAUAACAACUACAACUACAUUCUGAAAUCUCUGGAGAAGUCUGAGCUGAUCCAGCUGGUGGCAGUGACACAGAAAACGGCCGAGAGGUCCUACCGGGAGCUGAUUGAGCAGCAGAUCCAGACCUACCAGCGCAGCUGGUUGAAGGUGACAGAUUACAUCUUGGAGAGAAACCUGCCUGUCUUUCAACCAGGAGUGAAGCUCAAGGACAAGGAGAGGCAGAUGAUAAAGGAACGCUUUAAGGGAUUUAAUGAUGGGCUGGAGGAACUGUGUAAGAUCCAGAAGGCCUGGGCAAUUCCUGACAUGGAGCAACGGGACAAAAUCCGCCGGGCACAGAAAACCAUUGUGAAAGAGACCUAUGGUGCCUUCUUGAACAGAUAUGGCAACGUGCCCUUCACCAAGAACCCUGAGAAAUACAUCAAAUACCAGGUCGACCAGGUGGGGGAGAUGAUCGAGAAACUGUUUGACACAUCAGCAUAAAUCUCCAGCUGUCCUGAACUCUCCAGCUGCCAAGUACAAGCCAGUGCUCUCUCAGCAACCCUUGGGACUCCCCUUCUCCCCUGCCCCAUUGUGGUGGGCAGGGUGUUAUACUUGUAUUUAUCAGAUUUAUAAACCUGUGGAAACACUAACUYCUGGCUGUCUUUGCUCCAGAUCCAUGGAUAAGGCAAAGUCUGCCUUAUGGGCUCUAACAUUUGCACAUCCUCUCACCCUGGGUUUGUGCUAAUGCCUUGAUGUGCAGCAGACAUGGAGAGUGUGUUUCAAAAAACAAGAAAGAAAACUAUACAAAAUAUACCACCAAGAAAACCCUUUAUGAGUGCAGCCCUUCUGUUAAGGGCAGGAGGCUGUGAGC